AACAGCAGAGCAGUGAGUAUUGCGGCAAUUCAGUUCCUCAAGGGUGCAGGGAAGAAGAUAAAGCAGCACACUGCACUGUCCUCUGCGCCAUGAACAUCAGCCAUGAGCGACUUGGAGUGAGCUCCUCGAUCAUCCAUUCAUCCUGGUCAUAUCGAUAGAGCAAAUGGUGGCAGUUCACCAGAGCGAGAACCAUUGAGAAAUGACCCAGCUUCUAUUGAAUUCCGUUCAUGGGACUCCGCUCUUCUGUUCUUUCCAUCGUCCAGUGAAGAUAACGAAGUUUCUUCCCCGAAUACCAUGCCACCACUUUGGUCAUAGGACUGCUUUUCCGAAGGAAUGCUUCACCGGGGUCCGGUCGUCUCUGCAAGGUAGUUUUGUUGCUGGAGAUGACGCCGUAAAUUCAGCUGUAAACAAGGCAUUAGCUAGUGAUGGAGACGAGUCAUUGGAUGCCUUACCACAUGUGCAAACUCUUCGAACAUUUCCUAAGGAGGAGCUCCAUGGCAAAGUUGUGAUGGUGAGGUUUGACUCUACCGUGCUGCUUCAGGAAGAUCAUGACUGGAGAAGUAUAUCGUUUUCGAAUGCUCUCUUCACCAUCAAAUAUCUACUUGAAGCCAGGGCUAGAGUGAUUCUUGUAAGUGACUGGAAGGAGAAAACAGAUUCAAGAUUUCACGCUCUUGAGUCCACUGCAGAGUACCUUUCAUCUAUUCUUAACUGCAAAAUAGUGCCGACACGCUGCAUUCCUUUCAAUAUGGAAGGUCUUGAGCAAAUGGAUGCCCUUCUCUGCGAGAACCUUUCUAAGUUUAGAGGGGAGGUUUCCAAUUCAUCAGAAUUGGCUGAACUACUAUCUUCGGGAGUCGACAUUUUUGUUAAUGACUCCUUCUCCCAGUCUCAUAAAAUUCUUGCAUCAACUGUUGCCAUUACGCGCUUUUGCUAUGCCUCUUUGGCUGGAUUUCACUUUGAGGAUAGCCUGUACAAUCUGAGGAAUGCUUCUGAAACUAGCAAACAACAUUACAUUGCUAUUAUUGGAGGGGCUAAUCUCUGCGACAAAGCACCUGCCUUACGCUUCUUGGCUUCUAUAUGUGAAGGUCUGGUCUUUGUUGGCAUGAUGUCCUUUCAGAUUAUGCACGCCCUCGGAUUGCCUGUUCCUUUAAACUUGGUGGAACAAGGCGCUCGUAAAGAAGCUCUAGAUCUGAUCCAGGUUGCAAAAGAUCGAGGAAUACCAAUUCUAUGUCCAGAAGACUUUUGGUGCAUGAAUAGUCAGCUACUAGGGCAAUUGAAAAUAUUUCCUGCUCAUGGAAUUCUAGAAGGUUGGAUACCGGUUGAUCUAGGGCCCAGAUCGCUGGAUGAGAUAAACACCUUGCUUACAAAAUGUAAGAAGCUCUUAUGGAUUGGACCUGUCAAAUUCAAGUUGUUCAGUCCAUCUACGAAUGGGAUGUCUGAAAUGGCUAGCAUGAUAAAUGAACAAUGCGCAGUUGAUUGUGACAUAACUGUCGUUGGUAGAACAGCAUGCAAAGCAAUGAUGAGAGGGUCAAGCUCAAUUGCUUCUCUUCAUCUAAUUGAGAAUGCCUGUGUCUUGUGGGAAUUUCUAAAAGGAAGAAAGCUACCCGGUGUCCCGGCCUUAGACCGGGCAUAUCCAUUUGUCAUUGAUUGGACAUCUGUCUACUGCAAACCAGCUCAACCCUUGUUUGUUGAUGUUGGAAGUGGUAAUGGAUUAUUUCUUCUGGAGAUGGGUAAAAGAAGGAAAGAUUUAAAUUUUCUUGGUUUAGAGAUCAAUGAGAAGCUUGUAAAACGAUGUUUGCUGUCCCUUCAUCAGUCCAGACUGGAGAACAGAUAUUUCAUGGCAACUAAUGCAACAUCAACAUUUCGCUCAAUAGUCUGUACGUAUCCUGGAGAAGUAGUCCUUGUUUCAAUUCAGUGUCCAAAUCCUGAUUUCAACAAGCCAGAACAUAGAUGGAGGAUGGUCCAAAGAUCAUUAGUCGAAGCAAUUGCCGACCUUCUUGCAUCCAAUGGAAAGGUCUUUCUACAAUCAGAUGUAGAAGCAGUGGCAGUGAGGAUGAAAGAGCAGUUUCUGAGAUAUGGCAGGGGAAAGCUUGUUCUUGUAUCGAAUCUGGAUGACAUCGAAAUCAACGGAAGAUAUUGGCUCCGGGAGAAUCCUUUUGGAGUUCGGUCAGAUUGGGAGCAGCACGUUCUCGACCGUGGGGCCCCUAUGUACAGACUGAUGCUCACAAAAUCAAGCAGCGGAGAAUGAACUGAAAUCUGUUGAAGUCUUCAGAAGGUGUCUUGACUUGAAAAUUGGAGCCAGUGAUUGCAUCUCAGAUUCUCAGAGGCACUUCACGCGGGGCUUGAAAUAAGAUGCAGCCAGCUCAAUGAGAAAAUAUAGCAAAACCUGCUACGUCAAUUGCAACUUAAAGCCUGAAAUCGAGGAUGCUUGCGUCAACCUACUCUUGGAGCCCAUCGGUGAUGCUAAAGGAGGUCAUUUCGAAGGCUGUGAUUUCAAAAUAUGGAAAUCUUAUUUGGUUCGAGCAGACCAGAAGGCCUCAAGGAGGGAAAGUACUUUUCGCUUUGACUGGAAUCUUGGAAGAGGAAGCCAAUGAAGCUUACAGAUUCCUGCCCCAUCAUAUAUCUUCUGUUUGUGUUAUGUACUGUCAUCAUAUUCAUUUGUUCGUCCUAAUAUGGCUGAACCGACAAUCGAAUGCUUCGACCUGUGCAAAUGUUUGUUCGCGUGAGAGGUUCCGAAGCUGCUGUUCAGCAAUGGAGUUUUAGUUCCAUUGACGUUGCUUCCAAGUUUUGGUCUUUGGCAUAUAUCUUCAUUUUUCUAAAUAUAUAUUCUAUACUGUUUUUGUAUUCUGGGCAUUCUGCAAUAUAAAAAAAAUGGACAUUUCCCAUUC